AUGCGGGCCAAUUUGAAAAUCGACCAAAAUUACCAUAUCGACAGUGAAGGCAUCUCGUAUGUCGCUAUGCAGGGCCCUCGUUUCGUUUACAACUUCUUAUACUACUCAGAAUACGACCGGAACUACUUCAUCGACGACAGCCUAGAUCGCGGGAACAUCCCAGGCUGCGUGUUUACCAUUCCAUAUCCGUUUCCCCAAUUCAUGAAUAACCCCCAACUUGCAAACAAGCAUCCUUUCCGGCACCCCGCAGGCCAAUAUGAGCUCGAUCUUGAGAGGUUUGAACAGCAAGUCGAAACGCUACCCAUGGAGAAACGUCCUAGUGGCUGCUGGAAAAUGAGCUAUCAACAUUUUUACAAAGAUGAUGUUGAUGAUGGACGAAAUUACCUAUACACCGCAUUUACCAGGUGA